GCAAACGGGCUCGGUUGGAAGUGUAUAAAUAAUUUGAACUCGCGAUCGCGGCCCGCUGGCCGAGUAAACAAAUUUCGCAGUGAAAUGAGUCAGGGAUCAAGGUACAGCGUACGCGACGGGGCUUGAGAGACAGACGAAACAAAGGCGCACACACAGGACGACUAGAGAGGAGCUCGCACGUCGUGCCGCGUCGAUCAUUUCGCUGUUACGGGAAUCCGAGGAGCUACCGCUACUUUUAUCCAUGAGAAGGAGAUCUCAGCUGGAUCGCAGCCAUGGAUACAGAACUCUCAGAGCAAUUUUACCGCAUUCAAUCUGUCGAUCGUGCCCGCAAGAUCCCCAGUGUCAAUUAUUUGUGGGACAAGUCUACUGAAGUGUACGGACGUGUGAAGGGCGCGAACACAUUUGUGAAUUGGGCUUUCGACACUGUCGAGAGCAUGGUGAACGUGAUGAUAGAAAAGUCUUUGCCAGUUGCCAGAUUCAUCGAGAAGCCGAUAUACACUCUGGAUAAAACGUUGUGCCAGGGAAUCGAUUUUGUAGAAGUGAAAUUGCCUAUUAUUAAAGAGGAACCCAAACAGAUAUUAGAUCGUACCAGGUCUAUGGUAUCCGAACGUCUUCGUCCAGCUGUGAAAACUUUUACCGAUCUAACGUACGAGACCAAGCAGCGAGUGAGGAUCAUGACUUUACUUACGUAUUACAAGGUACAUUACUUAAGAGUCUACAGUUGGCAACAAGCGGACAGGGUCAUGUCGACCGAGACGGGUAUCAAUAUUCUGAAGACUGUGGACAACACCACUGAUCUCGCUGAAAUUAUGUUGGAUAAGUAUUUACCGCCACAGCAGGAAGAACCUCACCUUGACACAGAACGGCUCUGCAGCGAACACGCCAAGCUACAUCAUACGGUGGAAAGACUGAGCGGAUUCAGUAUUCGGGCAUCGCGACGUAUUUACUUUGCGUUGAUGGAAAAGUUUCGGAAUACGUAUACAAUAGAGGCGCUCAUUUUGAUACUACACGGGCUGAUACUUAUCCAAGUGAUCACGAUACUGGAGGUGAUAAUAAGUUCCAUUUUUAAAUUAGUCAGCGACUGUCUCUUCUCUAUUGUAAAUUAGCGACUCGCUAUCCAGUCUGUGAUAAUCGCGUACUCAAUGACACCUAAGAGAUCAGACUAUUUUUAUCACUUUUAUAAGAAGUUAGACGUGGGAAUGUUUUACUUACAAAAUGCGAAUUUCGCUUAAUACGAACGUCGUGAAACACGUGAAUAUUCGUAGAAUAAUUUCGCGGUCCAAAGUGGAUUAAAGAGAAGCGGUGCUCUUAGCCUCGUGAUAUACGACACCGUUUCUCAUGAUAUUCUGUGUUUGCAUAUUUCUCACAUUUUGAGUAAAGUCGUCCCGCUGUUUGCUGUUUGCUGUUGCGAGAAGCACAAUCGAAUUAUGUUUUAAAAACAGAGUGAUUUUUUAGAUAUGACGUGAUUUUAAACGUUUCUUAAAGUUCUCUUGAAGUUCAAGUGAUUUUAAACGUUUCUUAAAGUCUCUUGAAGUUCAAUCGCGUAAAAAAUUAAGUAUAAUAUUAUUUAUUUGAUAUGCAGAUGAUAAAAACUUAUGUAAUUCGGUAUAUUAAACAUAUAAGUAAAAAAUUAUGAAAGGCUGCUACUCCUCGUAGCAGAACUUUAAUUUGAAAUUAUUUCACCAAGAUACUUAAACCUUUCGGAAAAGAUUUUUUUCAAAUUAAAAUUUUAUUAUGUGACAUGGUAAGUAGCAAAAAAUAAACCUUAUAAAAGUCACUUUUUUGGGGGAUGCGCACACAAUAUCACGGUAGAAAAAUUAAUAAUCGUUAUUCCGAAAGGUUUAACGUUGAAUAUUUAGGAAAAUGUUAAACGGAAUAGUCCUUCCAUAUGUACAAUUAUUUUCGCUCAUUCAUGUUAUAAAUGUUUAUUAUAUGUUAAAAAGUUAAAGUUUAGUAUGUAUGUUCGAAUUUUUUAACGUAGUUAUAUAUGUUAGCAACGAUCAAACUGCGCGCAAAUAUUGCUCAGACUGUUAGGCUACGCAUUUACGAGGACGAAUUAUCAAAGCAAUAUCGUUAUUCUUAUCUCGAGAAUAAUAGUACGAUACUUUCCGUCAAUUUGUCCCUGCUUUCAUAACUGCAAUUUUCGUACCCUGUUAUCUCGUGACUACAGGCGUUUGUACUUGAAAAGCGCGGUACUUGUUACGUAUGCACAUGUUAUGCACGAUACGAAUGCGUAACGAGUCAAUACGUUAUUUCCAUUUCUUUGAGUCAAUCCCGAAUGGCAUUUUUUUACGUGUAUAAUGCAGCCGUAAUAUGUUAACAUUAGUGCAAUAUAACGCGUCCAAUGUUAUGUUAAAUAUGAUGGAAACAAGAGGGAGAAAGAAAGAAAGAAAAUAAAUAAAAUUGUAAACCAAUAAUGAUUAAUUGUAACUAUUGUAAUCGCGAAAAAGAUGUAAGUCUAACUUAUUUUCUAUUUUACAUCAUGUAACGUUACCAUUGAGUGCACACAAGAAUGAUUGUUGCAACAUCUUGUACUUGGAUCAUAAGAUAUAAAUGAGCUCAACGUAUAAUAUAUAUGCAUAGAGUACAAUCGCAUCGAAGAGAAUGAUUCGCGAGAGCGGGCAGAUUGCACAACAUUCACGCACUAAAACGACGAUACACGAAUUAUUUCUCUGUCCUGUACUUACUAAUGUGCAUUUGUAUAAAGGAUAUAUAUUAAAGACGCUACGCACAGGA